AUGGAGUCAGAACUAGUGUAUCCCGACUGCUACGACGCCGAAUCGCAAACGCCUCUGACACCAUUAGAGAGUAUUCGCUGCGACGUAGAAUACGUCAAACAUCUCAUAUCAAAUAUCCAAGACAACAUGUUCAACAUCACCCAAGCGCUAGACAAGCUACAAUCAAUUCCCGAAUCAGCGGAAACAGACAUCAUGUCAAGUACUCCAUGGUCGACUCUUACGACCCCAAAUGCUACAUGGGGCGAAACACAACCAAAGCCCGAUCCUCCUCUAUUUUCCGAAUGGAAGAAGAGGAAAAUAGGAGAGGAAAUGGAAGGAGAAGAUCAAUCAGAGAAAUUCUGGCCGAGACCUUGGACUUCGUAUACCGGGUAUAUGGCCGAGGGAGAAGAGGAUUCGGAGUUACCUGGUAACUCGCCAUCUACGGCUGCAGGAUUGGAAAUCGAUGAUGAUAAUUUGGAACAUGGUGGAGAGCAGGAUUUGGAAGGUCUGAUUGGCGGGAGUGACUCCAACGAGGAGCUGGAAAGGGAUAUUGAGAUUGAGUUGAAUAGGGCGCUUUUUGGUGACAAGGGAGAUGGUGACCGGAAGUCUAUACCGACUGCGAGUGUGUCAUUCCCGAGGUCGAAAAAUGCCCUCGAUAUGAGGAGAAAGAUGGAUAUCAGAAAUGCAAGGAUUUCAAGAAAGAAAAGGUUAUGCAGAAGGGAAUUUGUACGGGGUUCGAAGGCGCAUGUGCGCAUGUGCGCAGGGUUUGUUGAGGAAGAGGUUGUGCGCUGUUGCGAAAAAGGGGUUUUGGGGGUUGGGAAUGUGAAGGAGGUGGAAGGGGAUAAUUUGGAUGUAGAAGUGUAG